UUUCAGUUUUACAGUUUAUGUUGCAGAGAGUAGCAGUUAAUUGGCGAUGAAAUGGAAACUUCCGAUGAGAAUACACAGCUGAAGGAAGACUUUCAGAAUAAAGAAGAUGACAGCACCAAAGAACCGGACUCAAAACUAGAUAUAAAUGAAGCAUUGGAAACAGCAGGAUUUGGAUGUGGCACAUUUCUUUUCAGUUUGGGACCGUUUUUGUUGUUCUGUUUAGAAGGGGAGAAAUAAUGAUUUUGUCAAUAGUUGGAAUCAUGGUGAGAUGUGAGUGGGAGCUCACUACUUUCUGGGUUACUGCUCUUCAGAUAACCGUCUUCAUAGGGAUGGCGCUGGCAUCGCUCCUUUUUUCUGGAGCGGGUGAUAAAUUUGGCAGGAAGCCAGUAGCUCUAGCUGGAGCUAUAGGAGUUACCAUAGCAGGAUUGUUAUGUGGACUUGCUACAAAAUACUGGCAUCUAGCUGUACUGCGGGGACUUGUUGGGGUGUCUAUGGGAAUUGGGAUGGGGCCUUCUAUCGCUCUUACAGCGGAAAUAGCAACAGUCAAAUGGAGAGGAUUUCUGAUCUCUUAUGUUUCCCUGGCGUGGGGGAUUGGUGCAUCACUGACAAGUGCUUUGGCGUACUACGUCGUUGAUCCUUACGGCUGGAGAGGGUUUAUGUUGGGAACUGCAAUCAUGUUCUCUCCAUCAAUCUUCUUCUUUGCCAUCAUGCCAGAGUCUCCGAGAUUUGAAGCUAAAAAUAGAAACUGGGACAGAGCGGAAAAUACAGUCCAAACCAUCGCUAAGCUCAACUGCAACAGCGGAAGCGGUAUCAUCAAAUUGAAAAGGGUAGAAGAUGACGAUGACACUAAUAAUAAGGAAACCGGACUUUUCGGUGCCUUGAACUUUAUCAAGGCAACUGGACGAAUGACGGAUCUGGCUGUUGUCUAUGCGCUGGGAUUUACAGCAAUAUUCAUCUACUACACCAUCAGUUACUCCAUGCCAAGAUUUCUUAAUGAAGGAUACUGUACUGGUAUAAAAGUGACACAAGAUGAAUCUUGUAUCUUCAAUAAAUCGGUUCUGUUUGAUCUGGGUGUCAUCAGUUUAUUCGAACCCCUGGGAGUCCUAGUAGCAGUUAUACUGAUGGAGAUCAUUGGCCGGAAAAAGACAUCCAAUCAUCAGCGUUAUUGCAACUGAUUGCUCUUACAGCGUUAUACUUCUGUGUAAACGACAAGUAUUCAUUUGUGUUUUUCACAAUAUCGAAAUUCAGUGCGGCCCAGAUUGGACUAAGCCCAUUUAUACUGGGGGCUGAGUAUUUUCCAACUGAAGUGAGAUCUUUGUAGUUUCAUUUGGGUUAGUUUUUAACAGAAUAGGGGCCUGUGCUGGUAUUGCAUGCUCUCAGUUUAUCUUUAAUCUCCACCCAAGAAUUGUGCUAGCAUUUGCUCAAAUCGCGGCUGUUGUUGUCAGUAUUUGUCUGUGUGUUCUUGGAAAGGAAACAGCAGGAACUCACAUCGAGUAGGGCAAGGUGGACUUAUCCACUCUUUUGGUGUUAUAAUCUUCAAAUUUUGUAGUACAAGUUGUUAGUUGUAAGGAAUGAUUAUUGUUCAAUUUCUUUGUUAUCUGGAAAGCUGGAAAUGGUGAAGAUUUUUUGGUAAAUUUCACUAAUAUAAAAAGGACCUUUCAAUUGCGUGAUCAUUAUCGAAUGAGUGUCUUGUAAAAUUUAAACUCUGUGAAUCUGUGAUUUUUCUAUCGAGGCUUUCCGUUGUGAUUUAAUCUCGGAAAUCAUGCCUCCCCUUAAACCGAGCUCCAAAGCACAGACCAGUAAGUCAAGUCUGUUCUGAUAUUGAUAUUUGAUACCCAUGAAAUUCUGACUAGUAGUAUUCCGCUCUUUUUAUCUUAUCUUCUCUUAUCUUCUCUUUUUAACCAUUUUAAACAAUUUGUAUGAUUGAUAAUUGAAGGAUCAAAGAAUUCAUGCCCGUUUUAAUUUCAACUGGUGUUGUCUCGAAACCCACGUACCUAUUUCAAAAAAGAGGCACAUUUUUCAGUUUCCAGGCUGUUUAGUUUAUCUGUAUAUAUAUAUUAUAUAUAUCAAGACGCAAUUAUCUUGGUAUUUUAACCCCUGUAUCUUGAUUACUUACGCUUUAAGAGGUAUAAAGAUCUCACUUCAAGUAUUUAACUAACAUGCCCGGUUGAUAGGGUCUAGAUAUUGUACCCAUGUACAUUGUAAUAAUAUCCUAUUAGCCACAUGAGCAAUAUUCCGGGAGGGAUA